UCAAUUGCGGGUAUCCGAAGAGGGCAGCUACAUGCACAAAGAUUGUUACGAUCAACGCAAUGAGAUCAUGAUGAGACUGCGAGAGGGUGGUGACUCAAACGUGCAAAAUUCCAACGCACUUGACGCUGGUCAAAAUUUCGAAUACCGCGGACUCUGUGGAGUUUGUGGCCAUGAGGUGUAUACAAAUCAGCUGCGUGUCGGUCAAGAAGGCAAGUACUUUCACAAAUCCUGCUUUGAUGAAGUCGCUUCGAAGACCCCCGAGCAGAAUCAACCCAUCAGCGAUGCGAGAAAAGAUGAAGAAUAUUUCGUUUAAACGUGUAAGUUAUGUUGUCCAUGAUGAAUAAGACCCCAUUAUUUAGGUAGGGGUCAAAGAAUGAAAGAAA